AUGGAGAUUAUUCCCCCUGCCUGCCUGUUUAUGGCACCACCACGGCCUUGGAGCACCGAGCUCCAGAGUGUGGCUGACUAUAACCUGUGGCAUGCGACUUACCCUGCCUCAUUGAUGGUGCCAUCAAGGAUUGAUGUUCUCAAGGCAGAUCUGGAAAGUGCAGAAUGGAAAGUUCUAGAAAACCUUAUUCUGGAGGAUGUCCUCGAACAGAUCGGCCAGCUCAUCUUUGAGAUCCAUCUCCACUGGCCUGGUUUUGAGGUCAGCGGCAGUGAGAGCAGCGUGGUGCGGUUUUGGUACAGCCUCCUGAAGGAGUUGGAGCGGAAGGACUUCAGACUUUUUCACACCUAUAAAGACUUAUCGAAACCUCAGCUUUUCCUGAAGAAGGACCUUUUCAAUGCUAGCAGCUGUUAUACCUUGAGUUGGGUGAACACGAGAUGGACUUGAAGUGAAGCCUCAGGCUCAACACAAAGAAACACUUGCACAUGGAUGUAUCCGUGCUUCCAGUCCCCACUGGCUUGUCACUUGCUUGAGGCAGGGCUUGUGUUACUGUCUCUGCAGCACAUGAUAAACCCUUGAGCUCGGCAAGCGACAGCGACAUGAAUGAACCCUUUACUUACCCAGACUGAGACCUUUGUCUUCUUUGCCUUUGACAGAGUGGGGGUGUGUGUCCCCUCGCUGUCCCAUGGACAUAGAAAUACCCUGCAUAUGCCAGCUUGUGGUUUUCUUAAAGUUCAUUAUGUAUCUACAGCUCAUGAAUUUACAUUAAAAUGAAAUUUAUUUCA